UUGCUGCGUUGCCUAUGGCAUGGCGCAAAAAUUGAUUAACGGCGGCGGCGGUUCUGUGUCCCAGUUCAAUGCACUAAAUAUAACCGGUGCGUACUCAAACGAGUCUUCCGAUUCUGAAGAGACCAGCUCAAAGCUGCUGGCCAUUCUGGUGCUUGGAGCGGGAAGUCUCAUUGCCGGCAUAGUGCCUCUCUAUUGCAUCAAACAACGGCAGCACGGAAGCAGACCGGCACAGGCGAUAACCGUGCUGCUAUGCUUUGGAGCCGGAGUCCUACUGGCGACGGCGCUGGUGCACAUGCUGCCCGAGGUGCGACUGUUCCUGCCCAGAUUCGCGGAAGUGGUCUUUUGCUCGGGAUAUUUUUUAAUCUACACCAUUGAUGAACUGGUUUUCCUGUGUAGUGCUUCCGGUCUAAAGAAUACCAGCGAAAGCACCGGUCACGAGAAUUACUGCUAUGACGAUUCUUUUUCCAUGCGGAGUAAAAGUGAGGCUGAAAACAAUGAGAACCCUCCAGAAGUCCAAACUCAACAACCUGAACCGACGAUGAUGGAAAAAACAAGCCAACCACCGCAGCAGCACCAAUCGGCAACCGGAACGUUCAGUCUGCUGUUAGCCCUUUGCGUGCAUUCUCUGCUCGAGGGACUGGCCAUCGGAGUUCAGCGUUCCGCACCUAAGGUGAUGUUGCUGUUGGGUGCCGUCAGUGCGCAUAAGUUCGUCGUCGCUUUCUGCUUGGGAGUGGAAAUCGGCUCACAGAGGAGCAAUCACCAGCAACAUCGGCACGCUUCGAGUGUGAUGAAAAUAGUAAUAUUUUCCCUCGGUUCCGUCAGUGGCAUCGCAAUCGGUAUGGCACUAGACGGUCUGGACGAGAACUUCAACAAGUUUGUAAUACCGCUGCUGCAGGGCGUUGCCGGAGGAACGUUGCUCUACGUAACCGUCAGUGAGGUUCUUCCUCGUGAACGUGGCAAACGGCAACCGGGAACGGCGCACGGGAUUUGGCAGCUGGCAGCCGUGCUAGCCGGAUUCGCUGUGAUGUCGUUUCUCAGUCUAAUUAUUACCGAAGCGUGACCGGUC